CGAACCUGUCCACAGAUCGCUCAAUCUCGCAGGCAAGCCCACUGACCUCGGUCAGCGUCUCCAAUGACCAGUCCUUGACGCCCAAACCGUCGCCACGGUGGUGGACGGAUUCAGCACACCACAUGAUAUAUUGACCAAAGCUUUGCCAGGUCUGCUUCUUAUUCCUCAUGAACGCGACAAACGCCUCUCUGGUGACCAGGUCUCUGUCCACCUUUCACCGUUGUCAUGCAAGCCUCGGAGUGAGCCGACCGGAGAUUCAGCGGCCUGCUCAGAUGUCAUGUUCAGGUCGUCGAAGAUGUUCAUCCGUCCCUGCGACUUCACCGAGGGCUGGAAUCGGAGCGUCUGAUGGGCGAUGCUUAUUGACAGACAAGGGGAGCUGCUUGCCCUCUCGAUCUUGCAAACUUAGAUUGCUAAGGCCGUCAGUUGCGGCCGCCUGCUGCGCAAGGCUAAGAUGGCGGCUUCAGCAUGUCGGCAUGCUUCUUCGUCCUCCUGUUUGGCGACUUCCUGCCCCAGUCCAGCAUCUAGACUUUGCUCGGUUGAAAGAAGAUUCAUGCCCACAUCCAUAUCCAUGCCCAUCGACUCCGCCGGGACGUUGCGCCGUACAGACUGGCGGACCUUGCUGGGAUUCUUGGCAUAUGCGAAGCACGAUUCAAGUCGAUGUCCAUCGCCUUCGUUAGAUUCAUGGUUGCGUGCGGUAAGGCGGUGGAGUAUCAGCUUAUGAACAAUGGUCUGUGAGUGUUCAUCUGUGGAUCUUCUAGAUGGGGCAGAGUCCAGCGCACGAGGAAUCGGCGCCUGGAGGGUAUUAUGAC